AUGUACCCUGAGGCGAAGUUCAUUCUUACGGAUCGCAACUCCGGUGCGUGGCUUCGAUCAAUGCAGAAUUCAGUAUUUGCCCAUAUGGACUCCUGGCCAAUGUUCUUCCAGUCGCUGUACGACUUUGACCAUGCGCGGCCGUUGCGACAGCUGAUGCGGAAGUGGGCUGAGCUAUUCUGUGAAUUGAACUUCGACGAAGUUGCAAGGCAGGCAUAUAUUGCUCAUGUCCAGCACUGCUUAAGAGUAGUUCCCAAGGAGAGGUUGCUCGUCAUGCGGUUGGAGGAGCCACUCGACUGGGAAGAUCUGUGCGCAUUUCUUGGCAUCCCAGGUCCCGAACAGUCGAUCGUAUGCCGCUCCCCUGAGGGCAUUGACAAAGAAGUGGGACAGAGCACUACGAAUGUGGAAGAUCCUUCGACGUGGUUGGCAUUGGGGACAGUGGCAUUGACGGUGUUAUCAGGCCUGUUGUUUCUUUGGAUGGUGAUCUGA